AUGAUGAUGCUUGACUGGGAAAGGCCAUCGCGAAGCCAACUCGCGGACUCGAUGGAGGUUGAUAACCGUCCGGGCUUGGAUGAGGCGGCGGCGAACACGGCGGUAUCUGCGGCGACGCCACCUCCAGCAGACGUGUCCCGCAUGAAAGCGGAAGAUGGGAGCGUCGUCAUCACGGCUGGCACCACCACCACCACCGUCAGCGAGGCAUCCCUGAAGGCUCUAUAUCCGGCAGCGGCGGCGGCGGCGGCGGCGGUGGCGGCUGAGGCAUCUCGUAGCCAGAUCCCUGCCGGAGGUUGCGAAACGUUCACAUGGGGCCAAACUAAACCAACGGAAGCGGAAGCGUCCGUUGCGCCACCAUCGACCCCACGGAGAGCUUCCGCAGAAAGCGAAGGGGGCGGCGGGUCGCGGAGCGCUGACUAUCGCCCUGUUACGGGGUGGGAGAGGACGACUUUGAUGCGGGCUCCGUCCCCACCCGCUCCCUCGCCGCCGCAGUCGUCUUUGCCCGUCAAGGGUACCCCAGUACUAGCUUCUUCAGGCGUAACGAGGGGACAAGCAGGCGUCGGCGCCGCAGAGACCGCAAGCUUGGCGAUGAAGCCACUGCGGUCGGCAGUGGCAUCGGCUACGCCGGCGUCGUCAUCGGAUGUGGCGGAGCUUGUCUGGGACCCGCGGUCGGGGCCGAAGCCCAGAGGAGCGGCUGAGGCGAGAGGCCCACGAGGGGUCGCUGCGGCCAACCGGUCGCCGUUAGAGCAGGCCAUGUGGGACCGGGACAGCACGCUGCUCGAGCGCGUGGCGCCGGCGCACGCGGAGAAGUCGAUGCAGGUCCUCCAGAUGCACCGCCACGACGUGGAGAGGGCGGCGCAGAUGCUGACGGUCCGGCACGGGAUCCACGUAAUGGGACUGUCAAGCGUCCGGACGACCCGCAACAAGCGCGCAGAGCAGCAGCAGCAGCAGCAGCAGUCCCUCCUGAAUCCCGCCGCGAGACCACCGUCGUCGUCGUUCGCCGCCACCGGCGGCAGCAGCGGCAGCAGCGGCGGAGGUGGUGGUGGCGGUGGGAGGAGUAGCGGAAGAGCUAGCUUUGAAGGUUGGCAGGCAGCGGCAGCGCCGAGAGCGCCGCCCGCGGCCAAGGCUGUCGGGACGGCAUCGCCGACUCAUGGCGGGGCGUCCGGGCCGGGAGGAGGAGGAGGAGGAGCGGUGGCGGCGGCCGGGGGGGCACCGCGAUGCGGGAAGAAGGCGGACGCCCAGGGCGUCACGCGCGAGGAGGCGAAGCUGGCGGGCGACGCUUUCAUGCGGCACGGGCGGGACCUGAACGCGGUGCAGAAGACUCUCGGCUGGAAGAGGAGCCGAGUGGUCGAGUACUACUACUGCGUGUGGAAGUAUUCACCGGCGUACCAGGUGUGGAAGGCUACCCGGCACAAGGCAGGCUUGCCCGGCGUCAGCAAGGGCGCGGGAACUGGUGGCGCGGGUUCGGGGGUUCACUCCGCGUCCGCCGGCGGGUUGACGGGAGGUGGGAUCCUGAACGCGAGCUCCGACGGGAUGCGGUGGCGAGGUUCCCGCCUCCGCACGCUCAAGGCGCCGUCCUCCCAGUGAUUUAAUUGGAUCGAUUGAUUUGUGGAUGGCGUUCGAUAUGGUUCUUAGUCCGAGCGCGCCUAUGUGUCUUGUGUCCUGAUAGGAGUGCGUAAACACGACGACGGUGAGACACCGAGAUUUUUUGUGGUCUGGUUUUCGUGAAACACGUGCCUGUCAGUUGUGUUGUGUUGGGAGGAGGAAGGCGUACGUGCGUGGCCGGUAACAGCGCGGGGGUGGAAUGCGUUUCGUGUGGCCGAUCUUGUGUUGCUUGGACAGCACGGGAGUUCAUUGUCAAAAGGAACAAAUGCUUGCCAGUUGUAUGUACGCCCUUUGGUCACGUGCUCUCGCUGUGGGCUAUCCAACGCGGAGAGGCUGCAUAUGCGCGUCAUUACUCUCUGUUGCAAUUUAAUGGUCGUAGUUGGUGGUGGUGGUGGGGCGAUUGCUUGGCACAAGGACAGUCCGCGUCGCUCGCAUCACCCUCGAUCGCCCUUAACCAUGCUCACCGUACGGAGGCAUGUAUGCGGGCAUUUAGUCUUGAAAAUGUAGCGUGUGCUUCUCAAUGGCUUGAUUUCAUGAAGAGGCAUGUUGGCAGUACGGUAUGCUGUUGACGGUGGCUGGCUCUGUCGAGACCUGCCGUCUCUGCUGCCCGAAAAGGGUGAGGAGAGUACGGAGUCGAGAAGGAUCUUUUUGCCGAGUCGGAUACUGGCUUUCGUGGCAUUAGCGUCAAAGCCGUAAGCAGGGUAACAAACGAGUGUCGUGCGCAUGAUUCGGAUGUGGAAACGCACCGUGUAAGGUGCUAUUAGCAUCAGUUUCGACAGAUGCAUGCGGCCGUGGAGCCAUCGUGGAGAUUCGCUCGUGGUACAACAGCAGUAUCGGGGAAAGGGUAAGAGGUUAGCGGGCGGUCUCUGCUGCCGGUAUGUGUGUGUCGCUUGUGCGAACCUUUUCUGUGGGUGUUGAAACCGCCCUUGGGCAUACUAUAACUAAUAUCACACGAAGAGUCGUGACUCAUUCUUGGUGUUUCGGUGGCAAUAUCCCGCGGUAGCAAAGACGGUUUCAGAUUAAUGCAUGCGGCGGCGUUGAAAGCCCCGUCGCCAGUCCUCCGUGCUUGGUACACCCAUGGAUACCGAAAGGGCCAGCCGGGGUGUUGGGGGGGGAUAGAGUCAAAUGCUCGACAGGGAGGCAUACGCAUGCGCACGGGGGACGGUUAUGAACGCGAUACGCGAUUGAUGGCUAGGAGUGUACUUUAUAUUUAACCACUCCGUCUUGGCGGAGUCGCCAUGGUGCGCCGCCGAGAAAAUUUAACGUCUUGACGGAGGGGCCCGAAGGAGGGGAAAUAAGGUGGCCUGUGUUGUUGAUGUGGCCUGCCACCACGUUUCCUGCCUCUUCCUCCAGUACGAUUUUAUGUAGACAUGUGGG